AUGAUCGAGAAGGCGCUGUAUGCAUGGUUCUUUGAUAUCCGGGCCAGGAACCUUCCCGUAGAUGGACCAACGCUGAUUGAAAAAGCCAAGUGCUUCGCAGUGGCCUUUCACGACGAGAACUUCAAUGGCGGUACGGGGUGGUUACAAAGAUUCAAGGAUCGCUACGGGAUAGUCGGAAGGACAAUUUCAGGCGAAAGCGAAGCUGUGAACGCCCAGGAGACGGGGAAAUGGCUGUCGGACCAGUGGCCGGAAAUUGCCGCAAAGUUCUCACCUGCGGAAAUAUUUAACGCGGACGAGACUGGUCUGUUUUGGCAAAUGCUUCCCAAUAAGACUCUCGACAUUUGUGGAAGCACAUGUCAUGGAGGGAAACUCAGCAAGGUUCGUGUGACUAUCCUUUUAGCAGCGAACGUGGACGGGUCUUGCAAACUCCGCCCGUUCGUGAUUGGAAAAAGCAAGGCUCCACGAUGCUUCAAAAACUGCAGAAGCCUUCCCGUCCAAUACGGGUUCAACACUAAAGCAUGGAUGACGCGGCAGCUGUUUUCGGAGUGGCUACAAGCAUGGGACAACGAGUUGGGCAGGUCUAAUCGUCGCGUAUGCCUUCUCCUGGACAAUUGCUCGGCGCACCACACGACAUGCAAGCUGCAGAACAUUGAAGUGAGUGUUUCUCCCACCCAAUACGACGUCAAGGCUUCAGCCCCUUGA